AAUUACGAAAAGUUGAUCGAAUUCUUCAGUUACCAAAAUAGAGCCUGCUGGUGCUAAAAAUGGAAAUGGAAAAGUAAAACCUGAAUUUGACAAAAUAUUUCAAUAUUUUGACUUCAUAAUGAGUAAUAUAUACAUCCAAGAGCCACCAACCAAUGGGAAGGUUCUCCUCAAGACAUCAUGUGGAGAGUUAGACAUAGAGCUGUGGUCCAAAGAGGCGCCCAAGGCAUGCAGGAACUUUGUCCAGCUCUGCAUGGAAGGCUACUACGAUGGCACCAUCUUCCAUCGCAUCAUCAGGAACUUCAUGGCGCAAGGAGGGGACCCCACAGGAACAGGUGAAGGGGGAGAGUCCAUCUAUGGCCAUCCAUUCAGGGAUGAAUUUCACUCCAGGUUAAGAUUUGCGAGGAGAGGUCUUGUUGCCAUGGCAAACGCUGGACCCCAUGACAAUGGCAGUCAAUUCUUUAUCACCCUUGGUCCUUGUGAGCAUCUCCAAGGAAAACACACCAUAUUUGGCAAGAUUGCAGGCAAUACGAUAUACAAUGCAGUGAAGCUCGGUGAAGUGGAUAUUGCAGCUGACGAUAGACCAGUUUAUCCUCCCAAGAUAAAAGCCACUCAGGUUCUCGCUAAUCCCUUUGAUGACAUCAUACCCCGGCAGCUGAAGAAGAGACAUGAGAAGGAAGAAAAGAAGUCAAAAAGCAAAUCGAAGGCUACAAAAAACUUCAGUCUUCUUUCGUUCGGGGAAGAGGCAGAAGAGGAUGAAGAGGAAACCGUGGUAGCCAGUCAAUCGAUGAAGAACAAAAGCAAGAGCAUGCAUGACUUGGUGAAGGAUCCUAAUCUUAGCUCAGUCCCAGCUGUAGAGAUAGAAAAAGAAGAGAAAUCAUCUCCAGAGGAGAGAUUGCAUCCAAAGCAUCUAGAAUCAGAUGAUGAAGAUGAUGAGGAGGAAGAGGAGAGAGAAGAGCAUGAGAGAAGGAGACCGGAUAAGAAGAAAGAAGCAAAUGACAAGAAGAAGGAAAUGACUGACAAGAUUCGCUCGAAACUCACAAAGGAGAAAAAGAAGCAGGAGGAAAUGGUCAAGGAGCCACCGAAAGAGGAGAAACCAUUAUCAAGAAAGGAAGAACUGCAAGAAGAAUCAAGAAAGCUGAAGGAAGAGUUACGAGAUAGUAGAAAACGGAAACAAAAGCAGGAAUCAAACCAAGAGCAGGCUGAAAUAAAAAGAGAUGAACCAAAGAAAGACGAAAUGUCAGGCAAGGGAGAUGAACUGGAUGAGUUUCAUGCCCAGAAGAAAAAGUUCAAAACGAUGAGGAAGUCGAUGGCUAAGAAGGGCUCUAGCAGGGAAGAACAGACAUUGGCAUUGUUGGCCAAGUUCCAGAACAAACUGCAUUCGGCCAUCUUGAAUAAGAAACCGGAACCAGAGAAGGAAGAAGGAGAAGAAGAAGAGAAGGAGGAAGGUGAAUACAGGGAAGGUGAAGAAGAGAUGAAGGAGGAGGGAGAGGAAGAGGAAGGAGAUAACUGGUAA